CGCUGCGUGACCGCCGCCCGGCCCAGCCCCUCCACGCCCGCUCCCUCGCCAGCGCCCAAUGGGAACAGCUCACCGGCCGAGGACGAGCAGCUGUCGGACGCCCUCCGGUGCUGGCUGACCACGCCCCGCGCCCACGAUGCCUCCACAGGACGCCCCCGAGGAGGCCGAGUCGAUUAAGCCCGUCUCCUCGCUCCGCGCCCAGUUCGAGAACCUGCUCAGCGCGAACAGAGCCCCCGCCGCGCCCACCACCCCGCGCCAGCGCUCGCCGGGGCCCGCAGACCGCCUCGCCGCCGACGACCACCGCAGGGCCGACAAGCGCAUCUCGCUGGACAUCCCGCGCGACCACUUCGACCGCGCCUCGCCCAGCGUCAGCGACCUGAGCGGCAAUGGCCGGCCCACCCCGCGCUCGACCCUGCGCGCGCCCUGGGGCAGCCAGAAGCCGCGCCCGACCUCCAUGGUCGCCUUCUCGCCCCCGCGCUCGCCCACCCGCUCGCGCACCCGCUCGCCGCCCCGCGUCACCGUGCAGUCGCCCGCCUCGCCGCCCGCCGCCCUGACCCCGCCCAUCCUCUCGCCGCGUCCGUCGCGCCCGACGCCCCAUGCCGCCCUCGACUCGCCCACGCCUGCCGCCUCGAAGCCCAUCAAGAUCGCGAGCCGCGACGGCACGCCCGGCGUCGACGUCAAGGCGCUCUCUGCGACCGCGACGGGCUCUAGCAUCACGGCCAAGAACGAUCGCCCCACGGCCUCUGCGCCGCCCAUGCCGCCCCCGGUCAACCGCGCGGGAAAGCCGAAGAUACCCGCCAAGCCGCAGUCAGUGGACAUGACUGCCAAACCGCAGCCAGCAGACCACACAGCCAAACCGCAGUCGGCAGACAACAUAGCCAAACCCAGGACGAGCCUGGAGCCGGCCAAGUCCGAGGACGAGCGCUUCUCCCCCUUCAACACGCCGCCCAGCAGUGCAGGCAGCACAAAAGCCCCGAAUCCGUCUCCGCCCGUGUUGCCCAUCGCGUCGAAGCCGAAAGGGAUACUCAAGGAUGGCUAUUUUCCGCCUCCCCCCAUACACCACGUCGUGGCUGAGAAGCUGGCUGCCGCUGACGCGAGGAUCGCGAACCAGCCGCCCAAGCGUGCAUCGCCGCCCACAGCCACUUCGUACCGGAACGGCGACAGUCCGGAUGAGCGGCCAGCGCUGCCUGUGAGGCGCGAGAAAGAUACCUCAGAUCUGCGGAAGAGCGUACAGCUGCAGCGGCAGCCACCGCCGGACGUGCCAGUGCGCAGAUCGCUUGAUCAGGGGCGGCCUGUCAUGUUCACACCCGACGACGGCGCGAGAGCGAUGCCUCCACCACGGCGGACGCAGACGACCAACUUUGGCACCGCUUCCCGCUCACUCAAUCCCCCCGAGCUUCCGCCGCCCCGCAAGUCCGGCGAGAUGAGGAGACCAACGCCAACUCCGACGCCGCCACCUCAGCAGCCUUCUCGAAGUGCUGCCCAGGCAUAUACCUACGACUCGGAUGAGUCAGACACGUCCCCUGACAAGCAGCCGACCACAGCUCUGACAGACUACCCCGACUCGUCGCAAGCAAACCGAAGACCGCCCACCUUCCCAGACACAAUAGCUGGGAUACCCACAGGAUAUGACACGAAAACGUUCGCCGUCUGCGGUGAACACAUAUGUACCACUGGCUAUGUGACAAACGUGUGGAAUGUACUGAACGGGCGACUGCUCAUGAGCUUAAGCCACGGCGAUACUGUAAAAGCAACAGCAGUAGCCUUUAGACCGGCAAAAGACGUAGAACAGGAAGGUAAACGGUUGUGGCUGGGCAUGAAUACUGGCGAACUGCACGAAAUCGACAUACCGACACAAAGUAUUGUCUUCACUAAGAAUGCCCAUGCACGAGCGGUGAUUAGCAGAAUCUUCAGGUACGCAGGCGAGAUGUGGUCGCUUGAUGAGACAGGUAAGAUUCACAUCUGGCCAGCCGACGAGUCUGGCUCGCCGUCCCUGCACCAAGCGCCCCUCACCUUUCAGAUCCGGGGCGGCCAUACGUUCUCGAUUGUCUCUGGAUCGCAAUUGUGGGUGGCGUACGCCAAGGAUCUGCGCGUGUACAAGCGUACCGGAGAUCACAACUACUUCCAGCAGCUCACCGAGGGCACGCUUUCGCAACUCAAUGUAGGCGACGUGACGUCCGGAGCCAUCGUCAGCAGCCAGCCGGACCGCAUCUAUUUCGGCCACAUCGAUGGCAAAGUGACCAUCUACGCCAAGAAGGGGUUCGAGUGUCUGGGUGUUGUCAAUGUCAGUCUGUACAAGAUCAGUUCGCUCGUGGGUGUAGGUGAUUAUCUCUGGGCCGGCUACAGCACGGGCAUGAUAUACGUUUACGACACUACAUCCUCGCCAUGGAAGGUGUUGAAGGACUGGAAGGCGCACGACAAGCCCAUCGCUGGCAUCAUCGCAGACCGAACGAGUAUCUGGAAGCUGGACAGGCUGCAGGUCGCUUCAUUGGGCACAGAUACGAUGCUGCGCGUCUGGGAUGGCAUGCUGAAGACCGACUGGCUUGAAACCUUGAUGCAGCAGCGCGACUCGGAGUAUUGCGAGUUCAGAGAGCUCUCUGCGCGAGUCAUGACCUGGAACGCCGGCGCGGUGAAACCAACUACCCUACGCCAGUCCGGAGACCGCGACUUCCUGCGGGAUAUUGUUGAACCUGAGAACCCGCCAGAUAUCCUGGUGUUUGGCUUUCAAGAACUGGUUGAUUUGGAAAACAAGAAAAUCACCGCGAAGAGUUUCUUCAAGAAGAAGAAGCAGAAGGAGAGCUCCGAGCACGAACACAUGUCGCAUCAGUACCGCGCGUGGAAAGACCAUCUGAUACGGGUGCUGGACGAGCAUGCGCCAAGGGAAAACUACAUCCUGCUGCACACUGCCAAUCUUGUUGGGUUGUUCACCUGCGUCUUUGUCAAGGCGGCAGAGCGCAAUAAUAUCCGCGACGUCAGCGCUGCGGAGAUUAAACUAGGGUUCAGCGGCCGCGUAGGGAACAAGGGUGCACUUGUCGUGCGCUUCCUGCUGGACGACUCGUCUCUCUGCUUGAUCAACUGCCAUCUUGCAGCGGGGCAGACCCAGACGACACAUCGAAACAACGAUGCCGCCUCAAUCAUGGAAGCAGCGCCACUGCCGAAGAACCGCUCACCGGUGGACUGCGCGAAUUUCUUCGUUGGCGGCGGCGACGGCUCGAUGAUCCUCGAUCACGAGAUCUGCAUCCUCAACGGCGACUUGAAUUACCGCAUUGAUGCGAUGCCGCGUAAUACAGUCAUUGAAUGCGUGCGGCAGGGCAACCUGGCCAAGCUGCUGGAGCGCGACCAGCUGCUGCUGUCUCGCAAGCGCAACCCCGGAUUCCGCCUUCGCGCGUUCAACGAAAUGCCCAUCGAUUUUGAUCCUACAUACAAGUACGACGUCGGCACCGACAACUACGACACAUCUGAGAAGAAGCGCUCGCCCGCCUGGUGCGAUCGUCUUCUGUACCGGGGGCUAGGUAGAAUCAAGCAGCUCGACUACAGGAGACACGACGGCAUCAAGGUGUCCGACCACCGGCCUGUCAGCGGCAGCUUCAGAUUCCGCGUCAAGACCAUCGACUCGCGGAAGCAGGAUGCAGCACGUGACAAGGCGGAGGUCGAGUUCGAAGCCGUGCGGAGGCGCAUCGCGAACGAUAUCAAGCAGGACUAUCUGAUUAAUGUAUUCGGGCUGUCCGCCAAGGAGGCCCAGCAGGCGCUGGCCGGCGGGUGAAGCAUUGUACAGUAAGAAGCGUAGACCCGGCCCCGCGGCACCGCACAAAACGCCCUGCCCCGCAGGCGCCCUAGCAUUGAAAUUCCGCGCGACACUCG